AGAAUAUUCGAUUCUUUAUAUAAGUUUCUCAAUCCAUCACUUCUUGUUCACCGCCUUCCAAUUGCGGCCUUUUUCUUUUCUGGAACGACGACGUUUGAUUGUAAUCCGGAGGAUUUUCUCGGGAAAAUGAAGGAAAGUGCAGGAAACCUACUCCAUUUAACGUCCGUGAACCACGUCUCGUUGGUUUGUCGAUGCGUUGAGAAGUCCAUAGAAUUCUACCAGAAUGUUUUAGGGUUUUCCCUCGUACGAAGGCCUCGGUCCUUGGACUCUCACGGGGCAUGGUUAUUUGGGCAUGGGAUAGGAAUACAUCUGCUGCAGUCGGAGGAUCCAGAGAAUGUGCCAUCAAAGAAAGAAAUUAAUCCCAAGGAUAACCACAUCUCUUUCCAGUGUGAGAGCAUGGGAAGAGUGGAGAAGGAACUGGAAAGGAUGGGAGUAAAGUACGUGCAUGGGACGGUGGAAGAAGGAAGCGUACACGUGGACCAGCUCUUCUUCCACGACCCCAACGGCUUCAUGAUCGAAAUUUGCAACUGCGACAGCUUCCCCCUCGUCCCCGAGACCAUGCGAACCAAUCGCUCUCGAGCCAACCUCCUCCUCCGUUCCAUGCCUCCAACGCAUCCCAUUCAACGUUUUAGCCCAUGAUUAGAUCGAAGAAAUCCAGGAACCCAUCUGAGAAUAAUUCAAAUGAAAUCCGGUCUUAAUUAUUUGUCGAAGAAGAGAGGACAUUUGUCGGAGACCGUAUGUCAGGCAGAGGAAGGAGACAACCUUAAACUGGCGGCGAUAGAGGAAGAAGAAGAGCACAGAGGGAGAGAAGUCGAACCAAUGGAGGGGACUUGCUUGAGUUUAGCAAACCGGUGGAAUUCUUUAAGACAGUUAGUAGCAAACCGGUUAUUCCAAAUCAAUGAAGAAAAAGUCAACAAUCAACUUGGUUUGUUUUGAUCGCAUCCAAAUUCCCGUUACAGCUUCCCGGUUUAAUUUCCGGACAGCGAAUCAUGGAAGCAGGCCCUGUAAUAGACCGCCAUAUAUAGACAUGUUAACCA